CAGAUAAUUGAUUCGUAUUGAUAAAACUGUUUUGUGGCCACGUGUCAAAACAUUCCACGCAUAAAUCCCAAAUGUCUCAGCAACAGGAAUCCCACCAAAUCCAUAGAACUCAAGUGAUAGAACCUGAUUUUUGACAGUGUCGCCUCUGGUAGUACUCUGCGGUUCUGAAGGUAACCAGCAUUUACUGAACUCACUGCUUGACAGACUUCUGAGGAACUCCUCACCGCUUGUCGCUUCAGGUUCGUGGAUGUACUUAAAAUCUCACUUCUCGACAUCAAUUGUCAUGAAUAGCCACUUCUUGACUUGACUUCUUCUGCUCAUCAGGGCAGGCCGGGGGCCUUUUGCCCAAAAAGUACUUAGGUUCUAACUGACAGAAAAGCGAAUCUCUUUAACAAAAAAAUGCCAAAGAUAGAUUAUUAAUAGCCACUUCUUGCCUUUUUUUCAUUCAAAAACUCACAAAACCUACUUUUCUCCGGAACUUACCACUACACACUUCCUUAUAUCAACUUAUAGAAAACUCGAGAACUCUAGAAACUUCGCGAAACAUAUCGAAAGAUCUGGUAAUAAAUAGCUAUCUGACCAUAUACCUAUAACCACAUAAUGUUUUGACACGUGACUACAAAACAGUUUUAUCAAUAUAAGUCAAUGGCCUAAAUGCAUUUGGGGAAAUACUAAACACAAAUUUCUUCAUUCCGUAGCCUGUUGCUGAGACAUUUGGGAGUUAUCCGUGGAAUGUUUUGACACGUGGCCACAAAACAGUUUUAUCAAUACGAAUCAAUUAUCUGGCCUAAAUACAUUUGCGGAAAUAAUAAACACAAAUUUCUUCAUUCUGUAGAUUGAAUAUGACAUUCGUGACGUCAGGCUAAUAACGCGUAAGAACCCCUAAGAAAAAAUCCUUUGGACGUUAAUGAACAUAAGCGGGAAAUGUGGUGAGAAGGACACGAAGAUCAAAGAGACGGGCUGACGGGCAGCAGGUGUCGCAUCUGUAAUCUGUAUAAUCUGUGGUACUGUGGUAGUACUGCUACUCUGUGCCUGUGCGUGGAACCCAGUGUAAAGCUGUAAAGUGUAUGUUUUGUUAAUACGACAAGUACAAGUGGUCAGUCGUGUUUUGACCCCAAAAUUUAUUUGACUUGAAUUGAAAAUACCUAGGGUAGAUUAAUAUCACUGUGUUUUGUUUCACAUUAGUUUAUGAUCAUUAGUAUUGUGAAUUUGUACGUAAACAUAGAGUGAGUGAAAAAUACGAAAUAUAGGUUACAUGUUUUGUGGGGUAUAUGGGGAAGGGGAUGUCGUGGAAGCAAGGCCUAGACUGCUAUACGGACAGUAUUAAAGUAAAAAUCUCAGAAAAAUACAAACCUCCACCGCGUAUCAAUUUACCAAUGACCUAUGCUCAAAGACUCAUCCUGAACAAACAGACCCAAGAUAGUGAUUUGUAUUAUGAGUUUGGACUAGAAAACGGCGUUUUAGAUCAAAUAAAGGCUUGGAGAGGUUCGAGACUCCAAAUGCUGCAAGACAGAAAAUUAAGAGUAGAAAAAGCUAGAGAUGAAAUCAAAGAAUGUCUACAGCAAGCAAAACAGAAGACUGAUAAUGGUACAAUUAAUACCACAAACAUUGAAUCAACUGGUAUUCCUGUAUCUCAACCCAUGAAUCAUCACUCCAACAUUCUCACUCCUGUUCCUCUAAGUUGCACCAAGAGUCAGGUCACCAUGGAGGUGAAAGACAACAAUAUCAAUAUCGUAGACUUUGAAAAUGAUACUUACAGCCCGUUUGACAAUAUGGAACUUAAAUCAAUCAAUGACAUAGAAGAGCUAGCACAGGUUUUGAACUACGAAGACGAAAGAAAUCAUAGGAUAUCAAACUCUACCAGCUACACGACCCAGUUGAGUUACCCGACGAUAAGCUAUGCAGGAAAGCACUAUACAGCAGCGAACCUCUCACCUUACUUGGACCAUAGUCACUUGAGUCAGUUGAAUAGCUACUACCCACCUGAAACGAAUCAUCAAGGGACGUUGCAUGGAGCCAUUUUUCAGAAUAUAAAUCAAAAUUCUGUAGAUUAUAAUAAUGCAGCUGCUACUUCAACCCUAGAUGCUGAAAUAGAUAGCUUGUGCCUUUCCACAGCAAACAGUACAGUGAAAAGUCCGACGAGGCCAAAAAGUACAGAUAUGAUCUACUUAAAUAGGGAAAGAAAAGAAACUCUUGACGACGGCGACAUAUUGGAUUCAUUGGGUUUUCAGGAGCAGGAGUUAUGCAGAUUGAUGAGUUCCAUGGGAUUCCCUCUUUGUCGGGUGAUUAGAGUCUGUAAGAUUUUAGGGAGCGAUCAGAAAAAGGUCUUGGAGCAUUUGUUAGUGCUUUCUGAGCUGAUCGACUUGGGAUUUGCGGAAAAAGAUGCGUCGAGAGCCUUGAUGGAAAACAAUAAUGAUAGAGACAAAGCAUUAGAUCAACUAGUAACAUAACAUUCCUCUACAAAAUGGCUGUUUUUUGUAAUUCUGCAUAGGUAUACUUAUUUAUGUAUUGUUUGCACGGAUCCACAUAAUUUUUUAUUCAAAAGUUGAUGUACCAUAAGUAUCAAAAUAUAGGAUUUUCAAUGUUUAUAUUUCUUAUGAGGAUGUGAAUCAUGUCACGAUGUCUUAAGAAUUUUAUCAAAAUGUGAUAAUUUACAAUGGUUUUGUGACUCUUGCAAGGUUAAAGUGGAAAAGCCGGUCUCCAAUCAGAUCUGUGGCAAAUUGACUACAUUUGAAUCAUCUGAGUUAGCUAUCUGCAGGAAAGAAACCGAGUGUUUGUAAAGAGAAAAAGGUCUGAUGCAAAAACUAGUAAAUGAAUUAGAAUAUUCAAACACACUGUUAAAAUCAAAAUUAUCCGAUAAUGAUAAUUUUCCUGCUGGUAGAGAUACUGUAACCUGUGAAGGUGGACCACUUUUUGUGCCCAAGGAUGUAAAUACACCUAGCUACAGCGAUAUACUAAAAAAACGUGUAAACAAUAUUGAUUCAUCUGUAUUACUGGUAAAAUCAGCAAACAACAAGCAGAACACCGAUGUAGUCAAAUGCAUUAGGGAUGCAGUCAAUCCAGUCGAACUAAACGUUCAUAUAAGUGGUACAAAAAAACUAAAGAUGAUGCAGCAGUAUAUUGCAACAGCUCGCAGGACCUGCAGAAGCUGAAGGAAGCUCUUAGAAACAAGCUUGGAAAUGGGUAUCACAUUGGGGAAUCCAAGAAGUUUAAUCCUCGUAUUAUAAUUAGAAAUGUUUCUUCUAAUGAUGAUUUGGGCGAUAAUGAUAGCAUUGUUCAAAACAUAUUGACUUUAAACAACUUGAACGAUGAAGAUUCUUCAACCUCGAUGAAAGUAGUCACAAAGUUAAAGCUGAGGGAUUCAAAAAAUAUGCACCUAGUUCUAGAAGUGUCUCCAGCUAUUAGAAAACUUCUACUAGCAAAAGGUUUCGUCUACGUAGGAUGGAAGAGGUGCAGCGUAGUUGAUCACCUCAAUAUUAUGCAGUGCCGAAAAUGCUGUUCAUUUGGUCACCUUGAGAAGAACUGUGCAUCUAAUGUAUCUACGUGUCUUAAGUGUUCUAGUGGCCAUUCUUAUAAAAAUUGUGACAGUGAUUCUGUGAAAUGUGCAAACUGUGUACAGUAUAACCGUAAAUAUCGUACAAAAAUAAAUGUUGAGCAUGCUGCAUCGGAUAAAACAUGUAUGCUUUUUGAGAACCAUGUUCUCAGUCUUAAAGCUAGAAUAGAUUAUGGAUAAGUUAGGAUCAAUGAAGCUUGGUCAUCUGAACGUGCGAUCUCUCAUGUCCGACUUUGCUGCAAUUAUUGACCUGAUUCAGACUGAGCGGUUCGGUAUUUUCGCUGUAAGUGAAACAUGGUUGAGCCAAGACAUUACCAAUGAUGCGGUGAGUAUCAAUAAUUACAAACUGUUCCGUAGUGACAGGGGAUCCCGCGGUGGCGGAGUAGGAGUCUACAUAUCCACUGACCUUCAGGUCGAAAUUAUUAACUUUGACAACAGCUUUGGAAAUUGCUUGGAACAACUGUGGGUUUAGCAUAAAAAUAAACAGAUACCUCUUGCUUUUGGGUGUGUUGUAUAGACGGCCCUCACAAAACCUCAAUGAUUGCAUCAGCGCUCUAGAUCUCAUGUUACCGUUAAUGUCAAACAAUUUUGAUAACAUUGUUAUUGUAGGAGAUCUGAAUGUUGAUAUUUUGAGCGGCAACAACGUCCUUUCUCCAUGCUUUCAAAUGGUGGGUUUUUCUCAAAUUGUCAGUGAUCCUACAAGAGUGACAAGUAACACAGCAUCCUUAUUAGAUCCAGUUUUUACUAAUAAACCAGACAUUAUUUCCGACUGUUUGGUUCUUGAUUCUAACGGCAUAUCUGACCACAAAAUGGUAUCGUGCACUCUCUCCAUUCCUGAUUUGAAAAAUAAACAACGGUUUGUAACUGUAAGGAACUUCAAGUGCUUCAACGAAGAAUAUUUUCUAUUUUCUGCAAAUUUAGACGACUUAUUUUUUAUGAACGAUAUAGAUGCUAAAGUUGAGUUCCUAACAAAUACACUGAUGAGAGUUUAUGAUAAACAUGCUCCUGUAACUACUUUUAGAGUAAACAAACCACCUGCUCCAUGGCUAUCUCCCCGCCUACGUGACGUUCUUAAAGAAAGAGAUAUUGCCCAUACUACAUAUAAAACAAAUAAAACUGUAGAAAACCUAAAUAUUUAUAAGCAAAAAAGAAAUCACGCACUUACUCCGGUGAGGAAAGAGAAAAGAGCAUAUCUACAAUUUCUAUCUGAACAGAAUGACGAAAAAAAGAUAUGGAUUGGCUUAAAGCAGCUUAAUAUACAUUCUCGGACAAAAACCCCUCUUCCAGAUAAUCUAUCUGAUCCAAAUGAAAUCAAUGACUACUUUAUGUCAGUUUACAGUACAAAUAAUGCCUCGGAAGAAUUAUGUCACCUAUACAAAAAUCGUCACUUCUUUCCACCUGAUUCUUUUCCAUUCAGAAUUAUUGAUCCUUCAGAAAUUCUACAAACUAUUAAAUCUCUUAAAUCAGAUGCCAAAGGAAUAGAUGGUCUUACGCUAACUAUGGUAAAGGUAAGCCUACCCGUUAUAUUUUUCCACUUAGUUCACAUAAUCAAUCUAUGUCUUGAAACUGGUUACUUCCCUAAAAUUUGGAAGCAAGCACUGAUAAUACCUAUAAGAAAAACUUUGAAACCCGGUCUCCUAUCAGAUCUUCGACCAAUCAGUUUACUACCUAUUUUGUCAAAAAUCCUUGCAAAGAUUGUACAACUUCAACUUACAUCAUACAUUGAAGUACAUCAGAUAAUUCCACCUAAUCGAUCGGGUUUUAGAAAACAUUAUAAUACAACAUCGGCUUUAAUAAACAGAUGCGACAACAUCUUUCGUGUUCUGGUCAAAAAAAUGGGUUUAGCUUUAAUAUCAGUCGACAACUCUAAAGCCUUCGAUAAGAUAGAUCAUAAACUUUUAUGUGCUAAGCUACGUUCUGUUGGUUGUGAUGAGGUUGUAAUCAAAUUUUUUGAAAGCUAUCUUAAAAACAGGACUCAAUGUGUUUCAGUGAAGGGUAUUACAUCUGAUGUCACUCGAAUACCUUCAGGAGUGCCUCAGGGUUCCAUUUUGGGACCUCUUUUGUUUUUAAUCUAUACAUUUGACUUAUCUAGAUCAGUUUACAACUCUGAUAUUCAAUCGUUCGCUGAUGACACCCAGCUCUCGGAUUCUUUCGGUAUAGAAGAUAUACAGAGCACUGUCAAAGUAUUACAAGCAGAUAUUGAUAGUCUAUGCAAAUAUGCAGAUCACAACCUCAGCAUAAACCCGGAAAAAUCUAAGAUUUUAUUGUUUUGUUCAGACAGCAGAAGAAACGACGUUGUUUCGCUCUUAAAUGUGAACAUAGACAUAAGCAGCUCGAGCUCACCAAUAGCGCAAAAAUAUUGGCUGUAGAAAUUGAUACAAAAUUAAGAUUUACCGAGCAUGUAAAAAAUCUGACCCAAAAAACCUAUGCACGUUUACGCAGUCUUUAUUCAAACAGAUAUCUGCUAAACUUCAAAAUGAGGAAAAAACUUUGCGAAACCUUCGUUGUGUCUGUCUUGAACUACUGCAGUAUUCUAUAUUUUCCCUGUUUGGAUCAGAUCACUAAACACAGAAUCCAAUUGAUUCAAAACAGCUGUGUUCGCUUUAUAUUCGGCAUGAGAAAGUUCGACCAUGUCUCUCACAAAUAUGCAGAGUUGAGAUGGCUGAAGUUUGACCAGUUGGUCAAGUUACAUUUUUCCACAUUUAUCCAUAAAAUUUUAAUUAAUUCUAAGCCAGAAUACCUAUGUGAAAAAAUUAUUUUUAAUAACACCAUUCACAAUAGAGCUAUUAGAGACAGGCACGUUAUCAAAAUUCCGAAGCAUUCAACAUCUCUGUUCCAACAAAGUUUCUCAUAUAACGUUGCAACAAUAUAUAAUUCUUUGGACAGUAAAUUUAAGACCAUGAGUUUACCAUGUUUCCGCUACAAUGUUAAGUUGAGUUAUUUGAAUGAUUAACUUUUCUCUCAAUAUUCAUAGACCUUUUUAGAGUAGCAGUAUGUGCACACAAAAUAUCUCAUUUUCCACUUCUCAUAUGGGUUAUAAGUGAUUUGUCAUAUAUAUUUUGCAUUUUUUUUUCUGUUAGCUGUUAACAACGUAAUAUUUAACUUUAGUGGUUAAGUGUUAGAGUAGCAUAUUGCUAAACUUCGCCACUAUAGUUACACUUUAUAUAUAUAUA